UGCGCGCAUGUGCAGUCACAGAUUCAGAUACUCCACUCAGAUACUAAGAUACUCAGUUGCUGAGAUACUCCGAUACUCAGUUGCUCAGCGAUCGUUGUUGUUCGUCGGCGUUUGGGACGCGAUAUCCAGUCGGAGAUAUUGUAUACGACAUAUAUAUAUUCGGUGUACAGCAUCCCUGCCUUCUUUCGGUGAUUGCAAUAAAAGUGAAAUUUAGUGCCCAAAAAGUUGCCAAAAUCACAAUCAAAUUUUUUUGUUUCGUUUUUGUUCGAGUGACGAGUGUGAUCAGUUAAAAGAUACUUACAGGAAUUGCAGGUAGCCGGCGGGUUUAAGGUACCUACUCGCCGGAAUAUCCAGAUCAAUCAUUCGGCCGAGGAUCAACCUUUCAGCGCGGAGGGUGCUAGCACCUGAGAAUAUUACCGAGAAUUAGUUAUUCAGAAAUGGCUCUCCAUUUGGGACUGGUCACCCUGGUCUUGGCAACUUGGCUGGCCGCAUCCACGGCGCAAUCCCUGGACCGGACUGGAAGAUCGGUGUUGCCCGCUCAGCCGGCGGAUCAUCUGGUGCCGCCACCACUGCCCAUCCCACAGAGACUAUCGCACGCGGGCGCGGGAUCCCCGGCGGUGCCGCCGUCCUCCGCUCCAGCUACCGUUCCGGAAGCCGCCGGCUUCAUGACCCGCGUGGCCAGAUGGUUUGGCCUGGGCGGCGCUCAAGGAUCGCCCAAGGAUCAGCAGCUGAGUGCCACCAACUCCCUGAGCUAUGCGUAUCCCAAGCCGGUGGCCGGAUUCGAUGCGGGUGGCAAGCCCUGCAGCCUGUGCAACAAGUAUCCCUGGGUGCCCAUGGUGGGCCAGCUAAGUCCGCAGCAGCAACAGCUUCCGCAGCAGCAUUUGCAAGUGCAGCAGCAGAAACUGCAGCAUCUCCCGCAGCAGCAACAGCAGCAGCAUCUGCCACAGCAGCAACAGCAACAGCAUCUGCCACAGCAGCAACAGCAUCUGCCACAGCAGCAACAGCAUCUGCCACAGCAACAGCAACUGCAGCACGUCCCGCAGCAACAUGCAACAUGGCAGCUGCAACAGCCGCUGGCCCAGGCAUCACAGCAACGUCAGCGGGCGGUGCAAUUCCGUCCCGGCUCCGGACAGACUAUCUUCCUGCCCUUGGCGGUGCCACUGCCGCCACUAUACAAUGCCCAGCCCUUCCGACCGGUGCAAUCACCGCCUCCUCUCAAGGAGAACGUGGUGGCCCAGUCGGAGGUGCGACCUGUUCCGGUAUCCCUGCCACUGCCCCUGCCCCAGCCAACUCCUGCCCCACCAGGUAGCACCUCCAGCUUCGAGAUCGUGCAGAGCCACCAGGUGACGGACUUUGUGACCUCCGUGGAGUACCCGGCCACCUAUGUGCAGUCGCAUGCCAUCGAUCUUGGUGCCACAAGCGGCUUGGCGGCUGGCCAGGAGGUGGCUGCCGAGCUGGAGCCACAGCCGGACAUCAGCACAGUGCGCUAUCAGCUGGAGGAUCUGAGCAGUGGUCAGGUGCAUCAGCACCUGCCCGCCUCCCAGUUGCUCACGGAGAUCGGGCACUUUGCGGAGAUCACCACGCAGCCACCGGCGGCAGAUAAUUAUCCAGCGGCCUCGUCGCAACAGCAAUUGCAGCAGGAACAGGAACAGGAGCAGGAGCAAUCCUUCUACUAUGCAGAGCAGUUCCAGGACGAGACCAGCACCCUGGUGUACAGCACCACCACGGAGAUACCCACCACGACGACUCCGGCACCGCCACCGUCACCAGCGGCACCUGUUAUCGAGCUGAACAACCACCUGGCUGCAGUGCAGCAUCCACAGAAUUACCGCCAGGGAAUCGGAAGGGGCAGGGAAACGCCCAAGCGUCUGCUGGACUCGCCCAUCAACCACGCCCCCUUGACAGGCGUAGCAGGAGGUGGAGGCGGUGGACGACCCUUUACCCGCGAUCCCGCUGACCUUGGCUUCCGCCUCAGCCAGGUGUACACGCCGACGCAGCCACCCACACCCACCUCCACAUACGGAGCUAUCGAUGCCAGUGGCCAGUUCGCGGGCAUGGCGCCACCGAGUCCGCAGCAGGUGAUCAUACCCUACACCACCAAGCAGCGACCACGUCCCUUCGAGAGCUGGACACCCUCGAAGCAGCUGCACCACCACCAGAACCACCAUCACCACCAGAAUCUCCACCAGAACCACAACCACCAUAGCAACGACCUGGAGGAGGAGCCGCACGAGCAGCAGGAAUCCAAGCUAGCCACGGCCACGGUCACGGCACCACCGCUGCCGCCCAACUCACGACGCACCACCAAGUACCUCACCAAGAUCCUGGCCACCAAUCUGAGGGAGCUGCUCAAGCGGGAGCGGGAAACCAAGAGGCUGCCGGGUCAGGGAUUGGGGGUGGACAUCUCACGGCUGCAGCAGAACAUCGAUGGAUGGACGGAGCAGGAGUACAACUCCCUGUCGCACCGCCCCAGCACACCCACGAUUCGGGGAAGGUCCAAGCACAUACCCUCCGAGUACCUGACCACCACCACCACGACCACGCCGGCGCCGAUUUCGGUGAGCCACCUGUUUCAGCGCCAGUCGAAGACCACUCGGGGCGAGGGAUUCGAGCUGGGCGCCGCUCCGCCCACCGAUGCCGGGGAUCUGUCCACCUCCAUCAACAACCUGGAGCAACUGCAUCUGCUGGGCGAGCGGGGAGCGAAGGGCUUCCAGCCCAUCGAGGACAAUCGCCUGCAUUUCGAUUACUACGAUGCCCAGCAGCGGCCGCGAUCCACGCCGGCCAUGACCACCCGUAGACCGCCCAGCACACCACCCACCACCCCCAGCACCACCACCACAUCGCCCAGCACCACGACGGCAGUGGUGGCUCCGCUCUAUGUGCGCAGCACGCCGGCGCCCAAGGAGCUGUGGAAACAGGCCCAGGUGGCCAUCCUGCCGCAGACCAACGAGAAGGUGUACGUGGUCACGCCACAGCCCCGCCACCAGGAGUACCACCAGGAGCCCCACCAGGAGCAGGAGCACCGGGAUCGCCACGAGGCCUCCGCCUCCGCUCCGAGGCCCGUGUACCAGACGCCAGCGCCGCGGUUUCCACGGAUGCGACCCACUCCAGGUGAAGUGAAGUCGGCCACGCCCACCAGUUCGUCACAGCUGAGGAACUAUACGCCGGACAUUUUUGGACUGAUGGGACUGUCCGCGUAUGUGCCCGCGGAACCCGUGGAGAUUAUCGACGGAAAUUCCAAAGUCAACACGAUAGUGACGGCAGCGCCGACGGCGGCUGCGCUGCAGCGACCCACAGCGAAAUCCACGAUGUCGCCCUCGCCCAGAUAGAGGUCAAGGCGAAGGUCAAGACCCCCCCCCACCCCCAACUGUUGUAAUAUAUUUCCCCCCAACCCCCGGCCGCCCCUUCAGCCAACCGAGGAUGCAACCUAGAUUUUAGAGCCAAGUCUUUGGAAGUGCUACGAUAAGAGAUCCGAUCCCGAAUCAAAGUUAGAGUAUUUUCGCAUUUGGUAGCUUUAUAGAGACGACGAGAAGAGGACCAUGAUGAGUAUCCAAGGACAUAGAACCAAAGGAGUGGAGUUACCCCUAGUAUAUAUCCGCAAAAAGAUUCGUAUUCGUAUUCGCAUUCGCCUUCUUUUUUUGUUUUUUUUUUAGCAAUCUCUGAUAUUUGCUCGGUUUCCCUUUUGCUAGCUGUAUGUAGUUCUAUGUAUAAAUAUAUCUAUUAUAUCUAUUUCAAUCUAUCCGAAGAGUUGGUUGUCAGGCGAUUGACAACGCUAUAAUCGAUGUGCAACCAAAACAUAGCAAAAAUGAACAAACAAAAGAUUAAAUAAAAUAAAAUAAAUCGAAGUCAUUUUAAUGUACCUACUCUACCUUGUAAGUAUGAUUGAAUAAAAAUAAAAUAUCAUCCGACUUUUAAUAAAUAAAAUGGCAGGUAUGAUUAAUUGAAUCACUUUGUGUUGUAAAUGUAUUUAGGUAUUCGGAUUCAACUUUAUAGGUUCAUUAAGAACCAAAGAACCCAAUAUAAUACAUAUAAAC